AUGGUCUUCUGCACCUACUGUGGCCAGUCCUUCACCAGGGACGAGCAUCUCGAGAGGCAUAUCUUGACCCACACCAAUGUCAAGCCCUUCAAAUGUUUCACCUGCCAUAUGUCCUUCGCGCGAAGGGACUUGCUCCAACGACAUUACACAGUACAUGGCAGGGAUGCAACAGGUCAGCACGAGAUCCCAGCCGCAAAUGGUAUGAUACCAAAGUCGGCUGGUCGAACUCCAAUCGCUUGCAGCAAUUGUGCCAAGACGAAGACCAAGUGCGACAAGAAGUUCCCAUGCUCGAGAUGUGCCGGGCGAAAUCUGCGAUGCACUCUACGCCCGACACGACGAGUCUCGAAAAAUGCUGCUCGUGUCGGCAUACCACCAGACGGUGCAGUUUCAAUGCCUCCAGGCGUGCAACAGGCAGGUGCAGGCCUGGCCCAGCAGCCCAGCACAGAGAAUGCUCAACAACCACAACAGACACAGCAGACAACCAUGCCACCGCCCGCCACCACGAGCCCUCACCAACAGCCACCCACUCUGAAGCCAGCGAGCCCGCAACCACGAUCCAUCUCUGCAAUUCCUGAAGACCGUCCGAGCACCGCCCCACCAGUUGUCGAUGCUCCACCAACGCAGUAUGCUGAUCAGCCAACGAGUGCUCCGACACCACCAACCACCUUCUCGCCACAGAUGCCUACGCCAGGCGCCCAAUACAUGCACAACACCCCCCUGUCGGGAUACAAUGAGUUUGCGAACAACAUUGGCAAGGAUGGCUCUGAAGCUGGGUCGAGUCCACGCUUCAUGCUGGACUGGUCGCAGAUGCAGAUGCCCAUUGGCUAUGAUGGACUGGUCCAGCCGCAUAUGAUUAUGAACGCUGAGAUAGGUUUUGAUCCAAGCGCUCUGUCUCUGCCGCCCGAUGGAGACGGAAUGCUAACAAUCAUGCCUGAUGUUGCCAAUGCUAUGCAGCCGCUGAUCACACCUCUGGAAACACCAAAGCUCGAUCGCCAGUUCCAUGACAUGGAGCUCAAUAGCUCUGCCACAGCCUUCCCGCAGCACUCGCAUCGUCCAUCACACGUACAUUCGGUGCACUCCAAUCAGUCGCAAUCAUCACCAGCUCCAGACGUCAACGGCGAGAUGCCUUCGAUUAUAGCAGCCCAAGACGCCUGGUCUGCCUUUCGAUGUACUCCAAUUGUGCCUUCGACGGCAUGUCCAAAGACUGCACGCCAGAAUCUGGAACGUCUCGAACAGACUCUGCGAAACCACCAAGGCUGGGCGAGCUGGAGUCCCCAAUGGGAGGACGCCGACAUUGCUGGAGGUGACCACUUGACUGUCAUGCAAUUGCACGAGAGCACACGCGACAAGCUUCUCGCUAUCACGCAGAGCUUUCUGCAUAAGGCGCUCGAAAUCCACCGACAAGAAGGGCAGACCAACGCUGCAGGCCACAACACUCCCAAUUCAUAUGCCUCGAAUUUCGUCCUGCUGCCACCUGGUCGUGUCUUGGAAUACUUCUUGCGAUCAUACGCCAACUCCUUCGAACGCUACUACCCACUCACUUCCAGAGGCGUCCUCGACGCGAACGAGUUGAUGCAUUGCUACAACGAUAAGGCAUCGAGCUUGCUGGUGCUGAUGAUGAUUGCCCAGGGUGCGAUGAACAUUCCUUCGACUGAGGCACGUAUGUUGACUGGUGGUCUCACCGAGGCUUGUCGCAUUUCGCUCUUCGACUUGAUCGAGAAGGACAUCAUCAUGUCUGGUGAUCCCAUCGUUCUGCACGCUGCUCUGCUCUUCACCGUCCAAGCGGCAUGGAGCGGUGACAAGUGGCAGAUUGAUAUCGCCAUGGGCCAGCGUGGUAUGUACCUGGCCAUGUUGAGACAUUCUGGCAUCCUUGAAAGGAUUUCAACCACCACAAAUACCAUCAACCACCAAGGCAAUAGAGAUCACCUCUGGAGCGAAUGGAUUCAGAAUGAGGCGAGGAGUCGCCUCAUGUAUUCUUGGGUUAUGGUGGACCAGGAUCUGGCCCUCUUCCACGAUACAGCACCGCUCUUCUCCGUCACCGAGUUUGGUGCGCCCAUGCCCGACGCUGAUCGCCUGUGGCAAGCACGAAGUGCUGUAGAGUGGUCGACGAUCUUUGAACAGGUGCAUGAGUUCUCCGGCGGAUACUCUUCGGUCGGUUCAGGUGCUCGGCCAUUGUCUCUUCGAGAUCUUUUCCGCCACUUCCUCGACGAUGAGAUGAUUCCGCUCGGCAUCGAGAUGACUCCCCUCCAGAUGCGCUUACUGUUACAUCCUCUCCAAUCGUUGGUCUACCAGCAAAGUCAGCUGCUGAGCUGCUUUUCGGAAGCAAGCCGCAAGAACAAUAACGCGGCGCCCAGAACAAUCAGUGCGUCUUCCACCAGGACCAGACUUGAGGAGGCGCAAUCAUUGUUGGGCAGAUGGUUCGACCUUGCAGAGCGAUAUCUCAAGGCCAACCCACUUUGCCCCAUGAUGCAGACCAACCUCGUCAUCUUCCACUUGAUCAGCUUGAAUGCAGUCACGAACUUCCAAGAAAUCGAGCGUCUAGCUCGACGUGAGAGCUUCGAUGGUACCUACCAGAACCUCGUUUGGAUGCACAAGCGAUGCAUUCAGGAUGUUGAGGAGGCAGUCUACCACUGUGGCCAAGUCUUCCGGUUGAUCCGCGCUAUGCCUCGUGGUACUCGACCACCAUGGUGGGCGGGCGCGAUCUAUCGAGUCGCCCUCGUCUUGUGGACUGACAGCCUCACGCACAAGGAACAAAUAUCGCCAAACAGCACUGGCAUGUUCCCUGUGCCCGGCCCAUCAUUUGCAAUCGAUGCUCUGACUGCUGACCAUCCGCUCAUCAUCCGCUACCUCACCAAGCGUGAAGGUGUGCCGUGUGUGACGAAGCCAGAUGGCUCACAGAUGAGCCUCGAUCGUGCGUACAACGUCCUGCAGCACUGCAUCGAAGUCAUCGACGAAGGCGCUGCGAACCGCUUCUCCGACGGAAUUCGGUCCAAGCUUGAACGUCUAGCGAGAGGCUGAAGGACUUUUCUUCCCCGUAAGGACGCUGCAUGGCGGCGUCGUAAUGCCUAAUCAUAGUUUCAAGAGUUUGCGAUGGUCCGUCCUCCGGCCAGCGUUAGCACUCUCACCGCACGCGCAAGUACAGCGCAACCCUCAGGAUCAUCCUCUGACCAGUGGUGACACAUCCUGUCCUUACCAUGUAGCUUCAUCCCGAAUGGCCUGGCCGGACGCGAUGGCUUGUCCUGUUGACGAGAACACGACUCUCAUAAUAAUGUCUUGUGCGAACGGCGCAAUUGUUUGAUUUUGAUACCACAGUGAAGUUUUGCUUGCGAGCGGGCGAGGUGUUACUCUUGGAUGUACUUCGGGUGGUCUCCAGAGUUGGUCGGGAUCUGUGGUACAGAUUUCCAGGCCCACGUGGUUGACUUAGAGAGAUCGAGUGCAGGUCAUGAAGGUGCGCAAGGAAGCGUCACGGGCGCUUUUUUUACACGUUGCGUAUAAUGUUUGAAUGCAGAGAGAGAGGGAGAGAGAGGGAGAGAGAGAGAGAGAGAGAGAGAGAUGAAAAAAUCCGGCGUCGCGGACACGCGUACUUUG